GCCCACCUCGCCCCCGGGGUGUGCGUUGACUUGCCCCCGGAGAGCUGGAAAAACCGGGGGACCUAGAGGAGCUUGUGGCGUUGCUGGAGGAGGAGGACGAAGCCAUGGGGAGCGGGGCCAGCGCCGAGGACAAGGAGAUGGCCAAGAGGUCCAAGGAGCUGGAGAAGAAGCUCCAGGAGGACGCGGAUAAGGAGGCCAAGACCGUCAAGUUGCUGCUGCUUGGGGCCGGAGAGUCCGGGAAGAGCACCAUCGUGAAGCAGAUGAAGAUCAUCCACCAGGACGGGUACACGGAGGAGGAGUGCAUGGAGUUCAAGGCCAUCAUCUACGGCAACAUCCUGCAGUCCAUCCUGGCCAUCGUGCGCGCCAUGUCCACGCUGGGCAUCGACUACGCCGAGUCCUCCUGCGCGGACGAGGGCCGGAUCCUGUUCAACCUGGCUGACUCCAUCGAGGAGGGCACGAUGCCCCCCGAGCUCGUGUCCUGCAUCAAGAAGCUCUGGAAGGACGGGGGGGUCCAGGCCUGCUUCGACCGCGCCGCCGAGUACCAGCUCAACGACUCGGCCGCGUAUUACCUGAACCAGCUGGACAGGAUCACAGCCCCCAACUACCUCCCCAACGAGCAGGACGUGCUGCGCUCCCGGGUCAAGACCACGGGCAUCAUCGAGACCAAGUUCUCCGUCAAGGACCUCAACUUCAGGAUGUUCGACGUGGGGGGGCAACGCUCGGAGCGCAAGAAGUGGAUCCACUGCUUUGAGGGCGUUACCUGCAUCAUCUUCUGCGGGGCCCUGAGCGCCUACGACAUGGUGCUGGUGGAGGACGACGAAGUG